AUGGUUUUUCAGCGCAGACAGACGAGGGGUGUCGCCCCCGCGGGCGAGGAGCGGGACGCCCGGGCGCAGGAAGGCCGGGAGCGGCCACGGGUCGGGAAGCCACCGGCUGAGCAGCUUGCUCGCCGGGUGGGGGCGGCCCCGUGCGGCCCCGCCCCUCCAGGCCGGUGCCCGCCCCCCUGCGCGCCCCGCCCCGUCCUUUCCCGCAGCCCCCACCCCCCGCCGGGCUCCUCAACACAAACUUUCCGUCCCGCUCACUCCCUCCUCCGCGCCCGGCGCCUCCCGCUCCUGCCCUGCUCAUUCCGCACAUUCCGGCCAGCCCCCUCCCCACGACCCCCCUUCCCCGGCCCCCCUCUCAGCUCCCUCGGGCCCGGCAGAGCGGCCCGGCCGGAGCGCCCCCGCGAGCUCGGACCAGGCUCAGGCUGCCCGGUGGGCUCAGGCCCAGAGCCCAGAGUAACCAGCACAAUAGCGUCCAACAGCUGGAACGCCAGCAGCAGCCCCGGGGAGGCCCGGGAGGAUGGGCCCGAGGGCCUGGACAAGGGGCUGGACAAUGACGCGGAGGGCGUGUGGAGCCCGGACAUCGAGCAGAGCUUCCAGGAGGCCCUGGCCAUCUACCCACCCUGCGGCCGGCGCAAGAUCAUCCUGUCGGAUGAGGGCAAGAUGUACGGUCGGAAUGAGUUGAUCGCACGCUAUAUUAAGUUGAGGACGGGGAAGACUCGAACGAGAAAACAGGUCUCUAGCCACUUGCAGGUUCUAGCCAGGCGGAAAUCUCGGGAGAUUCAGUCCAAGCUGAAGGCCAUGAACCUGGACCAGGUCUCCAAGGACAAAGCCCUCCAGAGCAUGGCGUCCAUGUCCUCCGCCCAGAUUGUCUCCGCCAGUGUUCUACAGAACAAGUUCAGCCCACCUUCCCCUCUGCCCCAGGCCGUCUUCUCCACCUCCUCACGGUUCUGGAGCAGCCCCCCUCUCCUGGGACAGCAGCCUGGACCCUCUCAGGACAUCAAGCCCUUCGCACAGCCAGCCUACCCCAUCCAGCCGCCCCUGCCGCCGGCGCUCAGCAGUUAUGAGCCCCUGGCCCCGCCCCCCCCAGCUGCCGCCUCCGUGCCCGUGUGGCAGGACCGCACCAUCGCCUCCUCACGGCUGCGGCUCCUCGAGUAUUCCGCCUUCGUGGAGGUGCAGCGAGACCCUGACACGUACAGCAAACACCUGUUUGUGCACAUCGGCCAGACGAACCCCGCCUUCUCGGACCCACCCCUGGAGGCAGUCGAUGUGCGUCAGAUCUACGACAAGUUUCCUGAGAAAAAGGGUGGACUGAAGGAGCUCUAUGAGAAGGGGCCCCCUAAUGCCUUCUUCCUGGUCAAGUUCUGGGCCGACCUCAACAGCACCAUCCAGGAGGGCCCGGGAGCCUUCUAUGGCGUCAGCUCCCAGUACAGUUCAGCCGAUAGCAUGACUAUCAGUGUCUCCACCAAGGUGUGCUCCUUUGGCAAGCAGGUGGUGGAGAAGGUGGAGACCGAGUACGCCAGGCUAGAGAAUGGGCGCUUCGUGUACCGCAUCCACCGCUCGCCCAUGUGUGAGUACAUGAUCAACUUCAUCCACAAGCUGAAGCACCUGCCCGAGAAGUACAUGAUGAACAGUGUCCUGGAGAACUUCACCAUCCUGCAGGUGGUCACGAGCCGGGACUCCCAAGAGACCCUGCUCGUCAUUGCUUUCGUCUUUGAAGUCUCCACCAGUGAGCACGGGGCCCAGCACCACGUCUACAAGCUUGUCAAAGACUAGGGUGCCCUCUGCCCCUACGACCAGGAUCCAGGAUGAGCAUCUUCUCCACACACCUGCCUGGCACCCCCGGGGCUCCAGGAUUGAGGAUUCAUCUGCCUGCCAGGCCUCAGGCCCAGGACCCAGGAGGUCUCCCCACCUACCCCAACACACACACUCCCUGUCACUGUUCUGCGCUUUAAUUGUGGGAGAAGAGGGGGGAGGCUCAGCCGUGGGGCAGCCUGGCUGGGACUCCGAGCCACCAUCACCUGGUUCUGCCCAGCCUCGAAGGAAUGGGAGGACACCUUUGGGUGUGUGUGGCCACUGGCCCCUCAGGGGAGUGUGACAGCGGGUAAAUGUCGGAUGGAGGGGAAGCCAAAUGCAGAGCCCAGGAAGGAGAAUGUCAAGUUGUGGUUGGGUUGAGAAGAGAGAGGGGCCCACACUUUCUUUGCACUUGCUGUAUGCCAGGCGCCCUGCAUGCCUCAUGCCAUCCUCAGACCCUGCAAGGCAAGCGUGGGUCUUUGUCCAGAUGAGGUGCUGAGGAACCUGGGAGGGUGAUGGGCAGCGUGGGAGUUCUCACCCUAGGCCGCCUGUCGCCAGAGCCCAGGUUUACACUACCUCCCUGCAGCAGGACCGGCCCCAGGGGGCGGGAGAGAGGCUCUACGCUGAGGGGCAGGGGUCCCCUGACUCAGGGGAGCAGCUACUUCUGACCAGGCAGGAAAGGGAACAGCAGGUACUCAGCACCUGUUGGGCGCCCUCUAUCAGCCUGCAAUCCAGCCAGGGGCCUCCUGUACCCACCUCCCCCACGCUGCCCUGGCCCAGAUCCUUUGCCAACUUCCCAGCAGCCUCCAGAUGGAGGAAGGCCCCUGGGGGCAACCCCAGGCUCAGAAAUAGGCUAGAGGGUCAGGGAGGAAGAUGGAGUCCCAGCCUCUGGGCAGACCAGUGGCCUAGGAACAGGGGCAGCAAAAGGCUUCGAUAUUUUCUCUUGCCCAAGACUUGGGUUUGGUGUUCUUCCCCACCUCAGUCUCCCUGCCUGGAGCAGCAGCUCCCCAGACCCAGUUCUGGGACUGAAGGUUAACCCUUCCCCUGCUGCCCUUUCCCAACACCCGGCCCCUCCGCGGGCUCGGCCUGUCCACCAGCUGCCCGUGGGUAUUUAUGUUUCAUAUGAAGUACUGUGCCACUUCCCUUCCUAACCCCACCCCGCCCCACCCCUGAGCUUCCUGAAGGUCCUCACAGUUUGCAUAUCGCUCAGGCCACCUCCAAACCCAACCUAGGUUUUAUAAUGUAUAUUAUAUAUUUUUUGUGUAUUUUUUAAAUCCAGCUGUGAUGGGUUAUAUCAUAAAUGUGGUGCGGGGCUGGGGCAGGCGCUCUCAAGGCCCAGUUCCUGCUCAAAAAAAAAAAAAAAAAUUAAAGUUAUUUGUUUGUGGGUUAGUUGUGUGACCAGUUGUGUGCCAGACCUCUGGGUUGAAACAGCUGCAGGUGGAUGCCCUCCUUAAGUUAGGCCCUGGUGUGUCAUCCCACCCCCUUGUAUUUGCUGGGGAGCCCUAAGUCCAAACAUCUAUGAUUCAAGGGUCCCAUGAAAGCUUUCCAACUCCAACCUUUCCCCAAGCCCGUCCCGCCAUGAGCUGAACAUGGAACUGUGCAGUGCCACCCUGUGCUUUGUUGCUUUGUCUAAGGGAAGUGACUUGCCCCAGGUCAUACUACUGAGAUGGGCCCCCUGCUAAAUCCUGUCUUCACAGUGGCGACUACCGUUCUCACCAUCUUGUCCUCAUAUACUCGUAAGAGCCUUGAGGAGGACGAGUCUUCUCUCAAGUGGAUGGCUGCUAGCAGGGGAAGUGGAUAGUCUGCUCCUGUCUGCCUGGGAAAUCCCUACUCUGCCCUCUGAGCCAUCUCGAGCUCACAUAGCAGGGGCCUCAGGGUGGGGGCUGGGGAGACGGUACCCUCAGUGGACAUGCGUUGUUUAUCUGAAGUACAGAUUUAACGGGCAGCCUCUAUUUUCAUUUGCUGCAUCUGGCAACCCUACUCUAGAAAUCUACUCUUCUAGAUCACUCUGGUCCAACCUCCAACUUAACAGAUGGGGAAACAGACUGAGGUUAAAUGCUCUCCUCACUCAGCCAAUCAGUGGCAACACCAGGAUUUGAACCUGAUCUGCUUGACUCCAAGUCCAUGCACCUGAUAAACUAAAUAAUCGGGUGGCCUUUGUCUUGGUCCACUGCAUUGGAGGGACCCCAGAGUGUCACUUGUAGGAUGAGUAGGGUGCCUGGAGCCCCAACCAGGUGGAAGGCGGUCCUGGAGGCAGAAAUUUGUUUCUGAAGGACUCACUGUGUGCCAGACCUAGGGCUGGAUGCAAAAUCCAAUCUCUGCACUAAUAGGUGAUCACAUCUAUUAGGUGGUUGAAGCAUCUUCACAUGGGCUGUGGCCUUCGCUGCUCUCCUGGAGUAAUCAACCAUCAGGUAAUUUCUUCUAGAACAAUGUGUGUCUCUCACACAGAAAAUUCGAGUGAAAUAUGGCCGGCCUCCUUGCUUUCACUCUCCCCUUGUCCUCAACCACAAAUGUAAUAGAUCCAGAAGUGAGUGAUGACCAGUUUUGAGGUUCCAAAGUAGGGAAGGAACCAGAAUAAAGUGGGUCUUGGAAACCCAAAGCCCAGUGCUGUCCUGGAAAUGGCUCUCCCCUGCUCAGGGAUCUGUGGGAAGCCGUAUGGAAGGGCCAAGAAAGCUGAAGCUCAAGGGGGCCUGCAGUUGUCUUUCCUGCCUGUUUCUCUGCUCUCAUGUUCCCUGGGGAAAAGGAAGGAGUGCCACCUUUUUGUCAAUCCCAGUCAAGGAACAGCACUGUCCUGGGGGUUCAGAAGGGCUCUUUAUUUCCCUACAGCACAACUGCUAGAGAACUGGGGAUCCCCAGAUAUCUGAACCCUGAAUUCUCAGGUGCACACUAAGCUUUGGACUAAUCAUCCUAGAGGCUGGGAUUUAAUUCAAAUAGCUCAACCCUGUUACAAUAGAACUAGUCUGUCCCCACACGUGUUCUCUUGCUUUCUCGUUCUGCUGCCUACUUUCCUUUUCUGAGGUACUGUGGUCCUCUAUAAAGAUUCCCCAGAGCCCAGCAGAAAGUGGUGUCAGUAUUUAAUGGAGUUGGUUUUUGGACUCCUAAGUACAUAAGGCUCAAUAGAUUCAUAAAGGGGAAUAGGUUUGACUUAAAUUCAGGUGAUUCAAAUCAAUAACGUAGGAAGAUUCAAGCGCCCAAGUAUUUCUAACAUACCCAUUUACUUUGCCUUAGUUUCCAAAACUGUUUUAAGGAUUUUACUCCUUGGCUCAUUUAAGACAGGUGUGUCUGAUUGAGGGCACCCUGUUCUCUUCAUCAGCACCCUUGAUGGGGUGUCUUCAGGAUUGCCUCCACUCAAUCUGUCCAAAACCUGCUAUUUGUGUACAAGGUCCAGUACGUAAGUGUAUGGUGCUAUGUGGAAUUACCAUUUGAUCACUGCUGUUUGAGUACCAAGUCUAACACUUUUAAGUUGGUACUGCUGUCGUUCAGGUAGGUACCACCAUCGUCUAUGCUUUCAGAUAGAAAAGAAGUUUUAGAGAAGUUAGACUCACUCAACAGGUUCACAUGGCUCCAGAGUGGCAGUGGAGAGACCCUCAGCCUAUACGCAAUCCCAUGGCUGGUCUUGCACCCAACAAAUGACUGAGUAUGCAUCUGAAAUCAUGAGAAACUCCUCCGAAACCCUUGGCUGCACUGACUGCUCCUGACAGCACACAGCUGGUACAAACACAAAUGUUUCUGACGAGGCUGAGAGGUGGUUUGCACCGUGUCCAUCAGGGACCUUGGGAAUGGCCACCACAGGGGCAGCUGGGGCCCAUCUCAGCAGAUGGGACUUCAGUGUUGAACGCCUUCGCCUUGUGGCUCUCAUGCCUUCCAUUUUCUUAACUGUACUAAGUACUUUGUAAGCAGCUUUGUGGUAGAGACAAAGCAUAAUAAAAUAUUCACACUUGUAAAACAUUUUUUGCAUUGCAUUCCUCUAGUCAU